ACGUCGCCCAACUGCAGCAAACGCACGCAUAUCGCCCACACUACGCGAUUACCCGGCCAUAGCUCUGCCUGCCCCAUACAAAGGCUACCUCCCCGUCCACUGGCAGAACCGAACCUUAUACCUCCCCGAAAAGCAAAUACACCACAGUCAUCAUGUCUGACAACGGAUCUCCCAACGUUCAGCAGAAGCCCGAGGAAGGCCAGAGUGAGCACUUGAACAUCAAGGUCACGGAUAACAACAACGAGGUCUUCUUUAAGAUCAAGCGCACGACAGCUCUGGGCAAGCUCAUGAACGCCUUCUGCGAUCGCCAGGGAAAGAACAUCUCAAGCGUGCGCUUCCUCUUCGACGGACAGCGCGUCACAGCACAAGACAACCCAGACACGCUCGACAUGCAAGACGGCGACACCCUCGAAGUCCACCAGGAGCAGAUCGGCGGCGGUUGCUAGUCGCAAUGGCCUGAUCUAUGAGCUGCGCGGCCACUACACCAUCGACGCUGGCCACACGACACUUUCUACCAUCUCCUUCACGACCUGCACGCAUACGAGGGCCGACAUUGGGCUUGGCGCGGGCGAAAGCGGAGAUGAUACGGUUUACGCUUUGAGACGGACUUUUCAGGGAUACUGGCGUCACUGGUGGAUUUAUCAGGCUCACUUCCGAGCGAGGCCCGAGCGAGGCCGUUUUGUGCUUUCGUAUACCUUUUGACGGACGCCGUGGGCGGAGAGUACCCAAUGUAUGACUUCAACACUUCAA